GUAUUAUGCCCGCAUUUUCUACAGUAUACGUAACAUGAACUGAAUGGCGUAUAUUUUUAGAUCUAAAGAAAUAUUCCAAUCCGAUGAAAGAGUUUACUGAACGCUUAAGCCAGCGGCAGACAGUACUUGUUUCAUGCUGGAUUGGUGCAUUUCUGAAGAUGGAUGGAAAUACACCAAUCAAAACAGAGUAUUUCCAUCCAGCAAGCAAUCCAGCACGAAAACAAGCAUCGUGUGCGCUGGCUUUCGUGAGAGGUCGUGUUUCUAUAUACACCCUGAUGCAUCCACUGUUGCUCCACAUCGGUAAUAAUGAGUACAAAAAAUAACUUGAACGUUCAAGAAGAGAAAGCCUAUCUUAUAAAUAAACACGUUGCUUUGAAACGUAAUCAAGAAAUAAAUAAUCCUUGUUAUAAGGAGCAAAUCUUGUCUUUGAAAUGCCUCGAUUCUCACAAUAAUCAUGAUGAAUGUGAAUUAUACUUUACGAAUUAUAAGAACUGUAGGAAAUUUUGGGCUACUGUGCAGCGUGAACGCAAAUUAAAAAAUAUUAAACCAUAUUUGCCACCUGUAGAGGAACGUGCAAAAAUAAAAGCUGAUUAUCUAAAUUCUAGAUGAUAAUUGUUAUAUAUGUAUAUAUACAAGCCUUACUUUGUAAAAAUAUCUUUUAUUCUAUGUUACUCUAGAUAUAUUUUAGAUCUUUGGAUAUAUCGCUGUUGAAUAAUACACUGUAACUGUAUUGUGUA